AUGUAUGGCCUCAAACAACUAUCGCUUCUGAGCUUGAUGCUUUUCUCAGCAUCAGCUGCCAAGAGUGAUCCCCAGAAAACACUGGUUGGCAUUGAAACAGCAGAAAAGAGCCACGGUGUUAGUGUACUUGUGAAUGAAUGCGACGAUCUCGACGAAGAAGACGUUCUCACGAUUUCGCUGAAAAAGCCCUGUCGUCUCUUCACUGGCCCCUUAUGCACCGGUCAUAACACGUUCCUCGCCGCCGGCACUCACACAUCGAAGGACCCGAUCCCCGUUAUCAAUUCAAUCUUCUGCCAAAACUCAUUCUCCUUCUAA